AUGGCUUUCUUACUUUUUAUUAUUUUUGCCACUAUCGUAAUACAAUGUUAUGGAUCAUUUCAAAUAAAUUCGAAUGAAACAUUUGAAAAUUCUUCAGUAGUAUUGCCAACAGUACCUGAUGAUGAUAUUUAUAAAUGUAUCUCGUAUACAGGAGCUCAUAUCGAUACUUCACAUUGGAUUAAUCAAAAUUUCUCUGAUUAUAAAGAUUGUCAAACAUCAGGUUUAUACAAUCUAAAUAGAAGAGAUAGACAUUUCAAAGUUGAUAUUAUUAUUCAACAUUCAUGGAUUGUUGAUGUUUCAGUGAUUAUAUACGAUGGAACUAUUAGACCGAUUUGUGGUAUUAAUUCUGUUAAUUUUAUUAUUCGACCAACAGAUAGUUGUGAAAGAAAUGGCAUUAAUGCGACAAUUACAGAAACAGAACGGUUUGAAACAUUGUCUCUAUAUUAUGAAAUAGGCAACUUAACAAUCAUCAUGACACAUAAUAAACGUGGAGAACCUCUUCAUUUCAAUAUUAACAUUUGGCAGUUACAAUCAGCUAUUAAUGAUUCUAAUGGUCUUUGUGCAGGUCCGACAUGUAGUUCUAAAGCUAGACAUAAUCUCUACAGAAAUUAUCAAAGAUCUUCUUAUCCUACUGGUGUCAUUGUACUUAUGUGUAAUAUUUAUAUUGGUAAUUAUCUUAAAAGUAUGGCACCUCAACCAUGGGAACGAUCAUUUCAUUACAAUAGAACCAUUGAAAAUGUACAAAAAGCAUGUAGAGCUGAUAUACAAAUACAAGAUUGGCCUCAUGCAGCAGCAGGAAGUCUUGAAGUAUUAUUUGUCGAAGAUCAAGUAAAUUCAACAUCUAUCACAACAGUGACUGAUAUUCAAAUUAAUUUUCAAACAAACUUAGAAGAUAAUCUUAUCAAAUUAGCGGACACAAUGGACUUAUCAAGAGCUGAAGUCGAUAUAUUACUUUCGAAUUUGACAACAACAACCACAACCACACCUACAACAACAACAACAAUGUCUACAACAAUGAGAACAAGUAUCGAGAGUCAACCGACUACCUUAUCGACAAGUACGAGUAGAAUUACAUCAACAAUGACAUCAGUGACAUUUACAUCUACUGGAACAUUACCUCCAACGUCAAUAAUAAUAACAACAACAACAGAAUCGCCCAAAACACAGACAAUGACUAACUUGUAUCUGAGCGGUGAGAAUAUUGGUAAUCUGGAAGCUGAACACCUAGCUGAAGCAUUGCAAAAUAAUAAAACUCUAGAAAUACUUAAUCUUAGUUAUAACAAAAUUGAUGAUAGAGGUAUACAGCAUAUUGCAAAUGCAAUACAAAAUAGCAAAACAUUGACUAAACUGGAACUCCGUGGAAAUCAGAUCGGAGAUAUUGGAGCAGAGUGUCUAGCUAAUGUGUUAAUUAAUAAUAAUACGGUAGUUCUUCAUUGUCACACAGCGACGUACCCAAGAAUUUUUUUAGGGGGGGGGGGGGAUCGCCAUAGAAAAAAGGUAAUUUUUAAGUUGGGAAAAAUAAUAAAGCCGUACCCCCCUUCAGGUAUUUAAACAUGUUAGGGGGGGACCGGUCCCCCUAUUCCCACCCCUAAAUACGUCGCUGUUGUCACAUAACUAUUUUUCACAUCGCUUGUCUCGGAUUCUUAGACACUCACUAUAAUGGAGCUUAAAGAAAAUCGUAUCAGCUAUGCGGCACUACAACAUUUGUCUCAAGGGGGGAAAAGCGGAUUCUCUCGGAUCCUAGGAUCCAAAAGAAUCCGACAGGAUACACAGAAUCCGGUAGGAUCCAAAAGGAUCCAUAGGAUCCAGAAGGAUCCAAAUGGAUCCGUAGGAUCCGAAAGAAUCCAAAAGGAUCCGACAGGAUUUAUAGGAAUACAAUACAAUGCCAGUGUAAAAUCAGAAAACUAAUGAUUUCUUCAUAAUAAAUUAAAGAUAUUCGAUAACGCCUUCCACAGACCCUGGUUUGUAGCGAUUCUUAAAAACUUUCGCCCACGCGAAUUUCAUAGGUUUCGUUCGAAUAUAGCACUUAAUGGUAAGUUAGAAAAGAAAGUGAGGACUAAACUUAUGAUUGCUGUCUAUCGGUCAUUUUGACUGAUGAAAUUCUAUUAGAUCAUAAACGACUUUUAUGAAUGCUCAAUAGGAUUGCAGUUCUUUGCUCCUGUAUGAAAUGACGUUUGCUAUUAACAAGUUUCAGAAUAACUAAUGUUUAUUUUAGAGACGAAUAGGCGAGGAUACUAUUUGCGUAACCUGAAAAUGAUAUAAGUUAAAGAGCUAAGAUUUUACUAAUAUUUAUUCAGGACUUUGCUCUCUCUUUUUGAAAUGUCGAUAAAAGUCUUCAGUUCUUCUCACGUAUUGAAUACAGCAUGAGUUUUGAAGAUGAACUGAAUCUAAAAUAAGAAUAAUACGCUUUGUUGAUCAAAACAUAAUGAACAGAUAGUCUAAUUGUGCGUGCAUCGAUCCAUGAAAGACUGAAAUAGGUAACUGUUUGUGUUCCAAAAAGAAAAGCAUUAUACUAAAAUUUAUUUAUCGAGCCUUUUCAAAGCCUGACUGGAUAAUAAAUCUUGCCUUUUCUAACUAGUGAGGCGUGUUUGAUCCCGUGACAUUACUUAUUAACCUUUGUAAUUCUUUUAACUCUGAAUGUCAUCAAAAACUAGAUAUUUAAUGUGGAGAUGCACCAAUUCCAAUUUUAGUCAAUUCCAAUGCUUAGGAUUGGUUGGACUUGACUGAAUUUGCAAUUGAAAUUGAUUGGUGUUGAAUAGAAUUGAUCUGGAACUGACAAAAUCCGACAUAGAAUUGACUACGAUUCGUUCUUAGUCACACUCUGUUGUCCUUAUCUCCUGCUACAUAGUGAUGCCCUUAGAUUCCCAAACUGUUCUAUGGAGCUAAGCUUAAAGGGUGUGGGUGUGGGUGGGUGUGUGUGUGGGGUGUGGAUGUGGGUAUACGUGUGGAUAGAGAAAAGAAAGACCCACACCCACACCCUUUUCUCCUUUUUGUUCCUGUAUUGAGAAAAAUCGGUUUUACGGGUACUAUACCGGUUUUAGGUAGUAUUCAACGGUUUUUGGAUUCAAAUAAGAUUUUGGGGUAAAAACUAAAUACAGAUUCUGAAUCAGCAUAAAAAAUUGAGUCAAAUGAAGUAUCUUUCAAGCUCAUUUGAUAACUUUGAUUUUUUGGCACAUAUACAAAAAUUGUCUCUCACCUAGGGCGCCUAAAAUAAUGACAAAAAUUGAAAGUUGUCAAAUGAGUUUGAAAGAUACU